CCACAUACUAUUAUCGAUAUUUAGAUUAAGACCCUUUAGUGCACCUAAUCAGCUGUCCAAGUACAAAUUCCUAUUUUUUACAUAUAUUAAUCUAAAUUAUAGUUAUGGCGGAUGACAAUUGCAUUUUCUGUAAAAUAGCUAGCGGAAAUGAUCCUACAAGUGUUUUGGAAGUGGAAACCGAUGAAUUUGUAAUUUUUAAGGACAUCAAACCCGCUUCCCAGCACCAUUUUUUGGCUGUAACCAAGGAACAUUACAACAGCCUCAAGGAGCUGGACAAGUCUCACGACCCAUUGGUUGCACGGAUGGAGAGCAGCUUGAAGGAGUUCCUAGCGGCCAAAGGAAUAUCCGCUGAGGAUGCUUUAUUUGGGUUUCACCUUCCACCGUUCAUUACGGUAAAACACCUUCAUAUGCAUGCCAUUGCUCCAAGAUCAGAAAUGGGAUUCCUUUCCAGACUAAUCUUCAGGCCUUCCGUUUGGUUUAAAACCGCAGCCGACGCCCAUUUGUACCUUUCUCAAAAAGAAGGCUUACAGUGAAUCGAGAUUACAACAGAUAAUUUGUCAAAAAUAAUAAAUGAAGCCAAAAUUA